AAGGAUAGAAAACAAUAGAACCGGCGAAGAGGGCCACCGGCGAGCCAUGUUUCAGACGCUUUUGGGCGGUAGAGACAGUGGUACGUUCAGCAAAAGAAUGUCCCUGUUUAGCGCUACGGAGGAGGACGAGAUCGAUUGCAGCAGCCUCCGGUUUUCCACAGAGGAGACGACGGUCCCGCCCGAAGGCGACGACUUGACGGAGCUGGACCUGGAUGAAGGACGUGUCCGGGUCUUCAAAAGCCAAGGUCUCUAUGAGGAGAUCAGAGCUCAUCCCAUCGCAGUGGCCGCACAGCCCAGGGAGCGCUUCGAGGACUUCCGCUUCAGCGUGGUCUCGGCGGGCUUCGAAGAACUCGUGGGCUACUCCAGGAAGGAGCUCCACAACAAGGAGCUGGUAAGACUUCUGUGUAAAGACAGUCUUGCAGCCUUUCAGCUAGAGCAGCUCAACUUUGCCAUCGGCUCGUGCAGCCGAGUGGUCUUUCGCCGGAAGAGCGGCGACCUCGUGGAGGUGGUCGUGACCCUUCGCUGUGUGAAGGGCAUUUGCAUCUUCAUGUGUGUGGAAGUGUUGGAUGGCCAGUAUGAUGCCGCAGAAAAGAAGCUUUUUGAAGAGAUGAAGGAGUUGCAGGACAAGGUCGUACGUUGCGCAGCCGAGUGAGAGGCUUCGAGAGGUUGCCCUUAGCCGGGUGCGACUGCAGACUCAUCGGCUGAGCGAACUUCUUGGAGGGGGG